GAUGGCCUCUAAAGCCAUCUUCUUGUAUCUUUCGAUUUUUGUCGCUAUUAUUGCCUCGAAAAAUUUAUUCACUCAGCACAUACUAUCAUUGUUCUCUAACAACCCUAACCCUAACCCUAACCCUAACCUUAUCCAUUUCAACCUCCCUUUGUCGCCCAUUGUUGGCCCGACAAAACUUGGACACCGCCACCAUCACCACCACCAUAAAGAUGAAAAGGAUAACACGAAAAAAACAAUAUGUGACGACACCUUCCCACCCGAUUUCCCUCCUCAAGACACUAACAUGACGGCUUGGCUAUGUGUGGAUCCCAACGGUUGUUGCAAUUUCACAAGGAUACAAGCGGCGGUGGAUGCUGUCGGCGUCAUGAGCUCUAAGAGGACUAUCAUUUGGAUCAACAAUGGAAUGUACUUUGAAAAAGUUAUAGUUCCGAAAACAAAGCCAAAUAUCACAUUCCAAGGACAAGGCUACACCACGACCGCUAUUGUGUGGAACGACACUGCUAACUCCUCCCACGGAACAUUCUAUAGUGGCUCGGUCCAAGUCUUUGCCCCCAAUUUUAUUGCCAAAAACAUAAGUUUUAUGAAUGUGGCUCCAAUUCCGGGGCCAGGUGCAAUAGGAGCCCAAGCCGUAGCACUUAGGAUAUCGGGAGAUGAGGCGGCCUUUUGGGGAUGUGGAUUUUUCGGAGCUCAAGAUACUCUACACGACGAUAGGGGUCGACACUACUACAAGGAAUGCUAUAUACAAGGCUCCAUCGACUUCAUUUUUGGGAAUGCCAAGUCUCUUUACGAGAAUUGCCGUAUGACGUCGAUAGCAAGCCCCGUGCCCCCCGGUACUAGAAUUAUAAAUGGCGCGGUUACAGCGCAAGGCAAAGCUUCAAAAGACGAGAACAGUGGAUUUGUGUUCGUCAACUGUAGCAUUGGAGGGACCGGAAGGAUUUGGUUGGGCCGCGCCUGGCGCCCCUUCUCCACCGUCGUAUUCGCAUACACGGCCAUGUCCGAUAUCAUAGCUCCCGAGGGAUGGAAUGACUUCAAUGACCCCACGAGAGACCAGACAAUAUUUUAUGGAGAGUAUAACUGUACCGGAGAAGGGGCGAAUUCAACAUUAAGAGCGCCUUAUGCACAAAGACUCAACGAUACGCAGGCUUCCUUGUUUCUCAAUGUUUCUUUCAUUGAUGCCCAACAAUGGUUGCCUUCGUAUAAUUAAUUACUCUAUAUUGUAAUUCUCUUUGU